GAUCACGUGUCUUUUUUUACAGCCGGGUAAUCUGGAGCUCAGCCCUGUUUAGAAUUUAUUUUCCUCCUAAAACGGUUGUAUUUCAUCAAUAUCCGGAUAUAUUUUGAGGCCUCAAUAUGCCUAUAUUCUCGGAGCUGUAUUUCAAUGUGGAUAAUGGUUACUUGGAAGGGUUGGUCAGGGGUUUUAAGGCUGGAAUUCUUUCACAGGGCGACUAUCUAAAUCUCGUCCAGUGUGAAACCCUGGAAGACCUGAAACUCCAUCUGCAGAGCACGGACUAUGGCAGCUUCCUGGCCAACGAGCCGUCGCCCCUCACCGUGUCCGUCAUCGACGACAAGCUCAAAGAGAAGAUGGUGGUGGAGUUCCGUCACAUGAGAAACCAGUCGUACGAACCGCUGGCCAGCUUCAUGGACUUCAUCACGUACAGCUACAUGAUAGACAAUGUGAUCCUGCUGAUCACGGGCACCCUGCACCAGCGGGCCAUCUCUGAGCUGGUACCCAAGUGCCACCCGCUGGGCAGCUUUGAGCAGAUGGAGGCAGUCAACAUCGCCCAGACCCCAGCAGAACUAUACAACGCCAUCCUGGUCGACACCCCUCUGGCUGCUUUCUUCCAAGACUGCAUAUCUGAGCAGGAUCUGGAUGAGAUGAACAUCGAGAUCAUCCGUAAUACUCUGUAUAAGGCUUAUCUGGAGGCUUUCUACAAGUUCUGCUCCACUCUGGGAGGAAUCCACCGGGACACCAUGUGUCCUAUUCUAGAGUUUGAGGCGGACAGAAGGGCCUUCAUCAUCACCAUCAACUCAUUUGGUACGGAACUGUCUAAGGAGGACCGUGCCAAGCUGUUCCCCCACUGUGGCAAGCUGUACCCUGAGGGGCUGGCUCAGCUUGCCCGCGCUGACGACUACGAACAGGUCAAAGCCGUGGCCGACUACUACCCUGUAAGUUAUACUACGACUGCUAGCCUGUAAGGAUUACUAGCCCAG